CCUACCGCCCGAGAGAGACCCGCGCGCCUUCCUCCGCAGGCCGUCCCCGGGGUCUUCUCGGCCGGGCUGGACAUCACGGAGAUGUGCGGACGCAGCGAGGAGCGCCUGGCCGAGUUCUGGAGGGCGGUGCAGGAGUUGUGGAUCCUGCUCUACGGCAGCCGCCUCGCCACGGUGGCUGCCAUCAACGGUUCCAGCCCCGCCGGAGGCUGCCUUCUGGCCUUGUCGUGUGACUACCGGAUCAUGGCUGAUAGUCGGAAGUACAUCAUUGGUCUGAAUGAGACAAGAUUGGGCAUAGUCGCCCCUUUUUGGUUCAAGGACUGUUUGGUGAACACUGUCGGCCACAGGGCUGCCGAGCGCUCCCUCCAGCUGGGGAUCCUCUAUUCUGCUCAGGAAGCCCUCAGAAUCGGCCUUGUGGAUGAGUUGGUGCCCGAAGACAAGAUCCAGGCCAGAGCUGCAGAAGUGAUGGCUGAGUGGCUGGCCGUUCCAGAUCACGCCCGGCAGCUCUCCAAGUCCUCCCUGCGGAAGCACGCUGUUGACCACCUGCUGAUGCACCGUGAGGCCGACGUCCAGAACUUUGUGUGCUUUGUUUCCAGGGACGCCAUCCAGCAGUCUCUCCAGAGGUACAUGGAGGGGUUGAAACAGAAGAAGGCCUGACGGGGCCUUUGUGCUUCCCGGAGUUCGAGGGCUCCGCCUGGCAGCCUCACUGCUGCGCCCACGGGCUGCUUUCUUUCCUCGGGCCACGGCAGACCGAGCGCCCUGGUGUCUGAUUUUAAUGGCUCUUGCAUGGUUGGUUGUUGUAGCUUGGCCUGCGGAGCUCAGGGGUGGCUGGACAGGUUGGGAAUGGUUCUGGGGAGGCAGGCUGGGCCACCCGGCUCUGUCUAGCUUUUUGUCUUCCUCAGAAACACGCAGAAUGCAAGUUGUCAAUAAACCCUUACAGCAGCG